CUGAAUUCGCGAUUGCAACGGCGAAAAAGAAAUCGCAAGUUUUCCGCAACGGAGAUCGCCCUGCUUUUUGCGGGGUCGAAAAACUGUAGACUGACCGCCAGUCCUUCAGCACAUCUGCACAUCUCGGUGCGCGUUCCCGUCGUAUCCCAAGGCUACAAAGACACACGUGGCCGGCACUUUCGGUGUCCUGCGCCGUGUGUUCUUCCUCCUUGACUUUUUCUCUCGAAUUCCCAAACUCUGAUUUGUCUAUCUUCUUGGAAACUGUUUCUUUGUCUUUCUGUCUCGUUUCUGUCUCCGCGCGUCGCCGGCGCGUGCCCCGUACAUCGCGAUCAAGGUGUACGGGCGAUUCAAAAAGCCUUUCUGGGUCGUUUUUUCUGUUCUCUAUCUGUUUUCUCGACAAGAUGGCGCUGCCACGGUCGACGCGGACGCCUCGCGGCUCCACUGCGUGCAGACUUGCGUUUUUCGUCGCGUUUUUCUGGGCGAGUUUCGCGGGAGUGCCGACCCUGACAGGCGACCGCAACGCGUCCGUCCUGCCCCAGCCGCUGGGCGCUUCUGCCGCGUACUUUUACGUCCAAGAAUCUCAGGACAAAUGCUUCGUGGAAAGCGUCCCUGUCGGAGUGGCUCUCACUGUCACCUACAAGAACCCAGAAAACCCCGGCGUCACUUGCAGCAUCAUUUUCAAGGAUCCUUCCGGACGCUCUGUGUACAGCAAAGAGGUUCUCCCGACGGAGCCUCAGGGGAAAAUCUCGCACAUGACGGCGACGGCGGGAGAGUACAAAGUCUGCAUUUCUUGCGCCUCUUCCAAAUGGUUCAACACUCAGCUGCUCAAGUGGUCCAUCUCCAUCGAACUCGGAGACACAGAAAUCAACCUCGAUGAACUCGCGAAGAAAGAUCAAGUCGAUUCUUUGCAGCUGAAACUGCAAGCCAUUGCCAAGCGCCUCGAGGCCAUGCAAGCUGAAAACGAGUACGAACGCGUGCAGGAGGAGCGCUUCCAGAGAACUCACGAAUCCAUCAACAGCCGCGUCCUGUGGUUUUCAGUCCUCCAGUUGCUGCUUCUCUGCGCGACCACCCUGGUCUCUGUCUUCUACCUCAUUCGCUACUUCCACUCGCAGAAGAUCAUCUGAAGCUGUAAAACUUUUUCUUUCUCGAGAAGCAUGUCCUCUCUCUGCUUCAACGGAGAAGCGUCCUCGAAGAACGGCGAGAAGUCUUUGGCUCAGUGGACGUCGCAGACUCUUCGAUUGGACGCGUAGGAGAACUUGAAAAAAGAACUCGAGAGAAAGAACUCUCGAGAGGAAAUCGCCAUCCAAAGGCUUCUCUCUGCUUCUUCCUCUCUUCCUUCUCCGUCACCUUGUUUUCUCAACUCGCACAUCCCUACAUAUGCAUGCGUCCGUGUGUGCGUUGUGUGCAUAUGGAGACGUAUUUGUUUUUUAAGCUUGAGUGCAUGCGUCCCCACGGGUCUUUUGUUGUGGACUCUCUGCCCGUCGAGGACGCUUUUCUCUGUGAUUCAGCUUCUUUUCUGUCGAAAACGUUCUUUCUCUGGGGGAGUUCCGCGUGCAUGCAAGGACUCUUGAACCAACAGCCGCGCUGGAAAGAGAUUCUUCUCG